AUGAUUAAUGAAUCUGCCAAGACUACUCACGAUAGACUUGACGAUUAUACAGCUGGAUGUGGACCAGCGCAACGUUCAUUUCCAUUGGCGUUCUGCUCUUGGAUAGACGAUGAUAAUCUACUUGAUGUUUCCGAGAACGAAACAGUACUUACACAUUCUCGUUCAUUAUCAGAAUCAGUUGCUGGUGUUGUCAAUUCUAUUUGUCGAUCGUUGUUAAGAAAUACGUCUUAG